UAACUUGGUUGAGCUGAGCAGCUGAGUUCCCUUUGCGUGCUCCUAUGAUUUGAAAGUGAACUAAUAAAAAUCGUUCUAUUAUCCACGCGGCUCACUCACUCGCUGCUAAGACUUCAAGAGAAUCAAACCAGAGACUUCCACUCCAAAGUUGUCAACUUUUGUCGCUUGGGACUCAGCGAUCACACAGGAUACAAACAUAGAUAAAUGGUCUUGAAGCUGCUACCUGUAUCAUCUGUAUUAUGGGAUCCAUCUCAGAAGGGUGUUUGCCUGGGCAUAGUGGAGUUCAAGAGACCACAAUUAUCAGCUUUAAGGUCAUAUACUCUUGGUUUGAAGUUUUAUUCUUAUUGCAGUUUGGGCAUGAACAGCUUCAGAAAGGUAGACCCAUAAUAUUGGGCACCUUCCUUUGCGCCAGUCAAAGGCCCAAAAAAUCUUCGUCAUUCAAAAUACAAGAAGCAUCUUCACAGAAUGUAGAUCUUCCACAGAGACUACCCAAGAACAAGAAGAAACCCUAUCCCAUUCCCUUUGAGAAGAUCAAGCAGGCUGCAAGAAAAGACAAGAAACUUGCACAAAUGGGCAUAGAGAAACCCCUUGACCCCCCAAAAAAUGGAUUACUUGUUCCUGAUCUGAUCCCUGUUGCGUAUGAAGUAGUAGAUGCCUGGAAAGUUUUUAUUAAAGGCCUUGCACAGCUCUUGCACAUUAUUCCUGUGUAUGCUUGCAGUGAAUGCUCCGAAGUUCAUGUGGCCCAGACUGGACACCACAUUCAAAACUGCCUUGGUCAAACCAGUGCAUCACGUCGAAGCUUCCACUCAUGGGUCAAGGGCUCUAUUAAUGACGUGCUUGUUCCCAUCGAGUCAUACCAUCUCUAUGACCCUUUUGGUCGGCGUAUUAAGCAUGAGACUCGAUUUGAAUAUGACAGAAUUCCAGCUGUUGUUGAGCUAUGCAUCCAAGCUGGUUUGGAUAUACCAGAGUACCCUUCACGCCGAAGAACCUCACCCAUUCGAAUGAUUGGGAAAAGAGUGAUCGACCGAGGUGGAUUUGUUGAGGAGCCUAAGCCAUGGCGCUCUGCAAAUUCAUAUUCACUCGCUGAUCAUGAUACAUAUGGGACAUGUGGACGGUUUCCACCUCCAACAUCAUCAGAUGUAGCAAGGAUUGCGCAAGAGACAAUGGAUGCAUAUGAAAUUGUUAGAUUGGGUGUGGAGAAGUUGAUGAAGAAAUACACUGUGAAGGCAUGCGGGUAUUGUUCAGAGGUUCAUGUGGGUCCUUGGGGGCACAAUGCUAAGCUGUGUGGGGAAUUCAAGCACCAGUGGAGAGAUGGGAAGCAUGGUUGGCAGGAUGCCACUGUGGAUGAAGUUUUCCCUUCAAAUUAUGUCUGGCAUGUUCAAGACCCAAAAGGGCCCCCGAUGAGGGGUGCACUCAGGAGAUUUUAUGGGAAGGCUCCUGCUGUGGUUGAAGUGUGCAUGCAGGCUGGUGCUCAAAUCCCUAGAAAAUAUGUACCCAUGAUGAGGCUUGACAUUGUUGUCCCUGAUAGUGAGGAGGCACGUUUGGUUGCCUAAUGGAGUCUGUCAAAGAUGAUUUGCUGACUGUAUAGUUUUUGGCAGAUUUUCUAGUUUCCUCAUCUUGACUCUUGAGAGGGGUGGGUGAGUGUUAUCAACCUGUCAACAUAAUAGCAUCUUCAGUAAGUCAAUAUGAUUUAAUACUGUUCUAAUUAUUGACAGUCUGGAAUUGCUGUAUAUAGUAACACUCAAAUUAGUAAAAAUUAAUGUUUGCAAUGUUAAAGAAUACAAGCCUUCAUUGAAAUGAAUUAGAAAAGUUCUCUCU